ACCCUCCUGUUUAUCGCUCUGCUAAAAGAUGGCGCCUGUGCAAAUCUGAGGAGAUUGCGCUUUGUAGCGCGUAGGAAAUUUGACGUGAGUAAGAUGAACAGUUAACGAAGCCUUCUCACUCUUCAACGAAACAUCAAAAUACACCCAAAUAGAUUAUUAUUAGGCAGCAUUGUCAAUGUUUUUAUUUUUUGUGGCCUACCACCCACUGUAGGCCGUGAUGAAAUACAUCGCACGGUUAAAAGACUUCUUUUCCCAGAAGUCAUUGCUCUGGGCUUGCUUUGAUUGGUGAACAUGGUAGUUGUAGUUUUUCAAAUGUUUGUUUCUCUGUGGAUGGAAUGUUUAUGUCAUAGAAGAAUUUUGUAUUAAUUCCUGAUUCUUUUAUUUUUUUUUCUUUCUUUUUUUUUAGUUCUAGAAAUAAUACGUGUUUGGUAUUGUUGCAAACUUAUUUAAAGCCACUGAAAUAUUGUUUAUACCUUAAAAUAUUGAGAAGGUAUUAGAUUAGAAAAGAGGGGGUGGCGGUGGGGAGGUGGUUCUGGGCUCCUGAUUCAUCAUGUCUACACCUUUAGAACAAGGAAUUAAACGAAAUUCAAAAGGUUCAAACAGCACCUCAGAGGCAUCCACCAUUCUCCCAGAAUCCUCUCUGACCUGGUGUUUGGCUCAGCUGUCCAAAACGAGCACAUUAGCAGACAGUCCCAGCAGUGGACUGACAGGAGCUGACAAUAAGCCCAUCACUGGAGGAGACAAAGCCAGGGACGCAGACAAGAGACUCAAAGCUGGUCAAUGGAGGGCGCUGGUGGCCAUUCGGACGCAGCACAUCAAGGGAGGUCGUGCCAUGAUAGCCCGCUACCAAUCACGAGGAGGACUCCGUCCUUUGCUGGAUCUCCUCAAGCGGCCAGAAAGCUCCAGAAAGUUUCUGGACCUGGCUCUUAGCAUACUGGCCAACUGCUGCACUGAAAAAGGGACGAGGGUAGAAGUAAGAAAGCUUGAUGGCAUAUCUGUUGUUGUGGAUGUCCUCAAGAGGAAUGUCUCUGUGGAGACGGUGCAAAAUCGAGCAGCACGAGCUCUAGGUAAUCUCGCCAUGGACCCAGAGGGUUCUGCUGAGGUCCACUCUGCAGGUGGUGUUCCACUUCUCCUGCUCUGCCUGUCUAUCUCUCCACCUCCAUCCUCACCCUCUUCACUUACUCCAACACCUGAACUCAGCGCUUCUAAGGUGGAAUGUCUCCAAUCUGCUGCCCGGGCGCUAAUCUACCUUUCUGACACGCCGGCGAACCGACUCCUGCUGCUUUCACAAGGGGCUCUUGCAUCUCUUGCUUUGUUCAUUGCUCCAGAGUACCCUUUAGCUCUGAGACGGGCUUCUCUUCGUGCCCUUCAUGAGCUCACCAGAGGUUGCAGUACGGAGUGCGCCAGGGAGAUGUCCAGGUCCGGCGCUUUGACUCAGCUGGGGGUCCUCGCCUCUGGAGAAUGUGGUCGACAUUUGGAAGAGCUAGCUUUGAAGACUCUGGCUAACUUGUGCUCUCAAGGCUGCCUGAGGCCACUGGUCGGUUCUUUGGGAGUCAUUCAGAAGUUUGCAGAGGAGGUGAAGAAAGAUCCUUUGAAAUCGGGUGUGUUCUUCAAGGCCCUGUGCCUGUGCUGCAGAGAGGCUGUGAACAGGGCUAAAGUAAAGGAGAGCGGGGGACUGGAGGUGCUGAUCAGCUUUUUAUCAGCCCAUCAAAACCAUCCUCUCACUCGUUUCGCUUUUCUAGCUUGUGUGGACUUUGUCUACGACGAAUCGGCUCUUGAACAGCUGCAGGAGCUUGGGUUGGUGCCGCUGCUGAUCAAGCGGUUGGUGGAACUUGCACAAGGAGAAGAACUGACCGCUGGAAAGAUGGACACCAGCCUGUCCUUUAGCUCUCCAUGCUCUGAACUGAUGACCUCGUGUUUUGACUCGUUUGACUUCUCAGCCCUAGAAGGGAACAAGAGGGAAGAUGUGAAUAAAGACCAGACGUCAGGAUCCUCCAGCUUCCUCAGCCUCAGGUCUUGGCUGGUAUCUGAGGGUCUGAUCUCAUCUGAGGGUGAGCUGACUGAAUCCCCUUGUGGAACUGAUGUCUUUGGUGGCAGCCCUCAAUCCUCCGUUUCAUCAUCACCACUUACAUCUUGCUCUGAGCUCCCCCAAACCCCGACCUUGCGUCCGCCCCACUUUUCUCCCUCCACCCGCUCUAAACCCAUCCGAUUGUCGUCUUCCUCUUCCACCUCCACCUCCACCUCCACCUCCACCUCCACCUCCACUCCAGUAUCUCCUCGAAACAUUCCAGGGUCGCCUUCCUCUUUACAGCCCUCCUGUACCUCCACCCCUCAAGUUGAGCAACUGUCUUCAGUGACAAAACCUUCUGUCACCCCCUCAUCUCCCCUCCAAAUCUCCUCUCCCCCCAGAAAGAGACUCCGUGCGUCUUCAACCUCUUCUGCACCCUCCUCUUGCUAUGGCGUGGUCGCCCUGGAGAGCCCCCCUGUGAUGUCAAAAACCCCAGUCUACCAUCACCCAUAUCACCCUGAGGCCUGGGCCCCAGAAUCCCCCAUUUUUCUGCUCCUGUCGCGCUUCUCCCAUGCCUCAGACCCCAGCACGGCGCUCAUCAACACAAACGUUUUCUCCGGGCUGUUGUACUACCUCACCCAGCAUCAUGACCCCAGCGGGCGGUGCUUUCGGAUGCUAGGGCGGCUCAGCUGCAACCCAAACUGCUUGCAGGCUUUGGUAAGAACUGGAGCCGUGGCUCUGAUCAGACAGAGACUGUGUGUGAGAGGAGAGGAGAUCGGGGGAUGCAACGGAGGAAUAGACAGACAAUCAGAAAAAGUCAAAGGCAAAAUCACACAACUAGGUUUGUGUCUGCUCAGUAAUCUGAGGAUUCAGAGCGAGUCUGGAUUCGGCUCUGGAGUUCUUACACAUAUCAUGCUGUCAGGCUCAGAAUCUGACAAGCUGUACUGUGUCCUUUCUCUGCCUCUGAUUAACAGCAACAGAGUUCUUUUGAAGAAGCUGCUGCUGGAUAGUGGCGGACUGGCAGCUGCUCUUGAACUGAUUGACUGUCACAGUGAUGAUGAUGAUAAUGACGAUGGACAGUCUGACAAAUGUAGGACAUUUCUUGCCGGCUGGUUGCAUCCUCUUGAGCAGGUGUCCUCUUUGAGAUUUAAAUUCCUGUACGUCUCUCUUCUGAUUGGCUGCCUCUCCAAUCUGCUGUCAGGCUCCAAGGAGGACAGAAAGAAUUGUAGCAUAGAUUCCAGAAUGGAAACAACCCAAGUGCUAGAUAAGUCCCAACCGCGACAGAACCAAUCAUGUCCCUACCUGAAAGCAGCUCAUGACCUAACUUUCCUUCUUGACGAUGGAACCCUUCUCCCAGCCAGUCAUGAGGCCGUCACUGGGGAAGAUGGAGCUAACGACGUCGGGUCUGAGUAUUUCAGAGCCCUGUUGAUGGGAGGGUUUGGGGAGGCGCAAAAAGCUAAAGGUGAGGCCAUCCGGAUCAAGGAUGUAAACAGUGGAAUGCUCUUACCAGUUCUGCACUACCUGCACGGAUGUCGUUUGACUGAUGGAAACGAAGACCACAUGUCAAAACAAGAUACAAACUGCCUUGUAUUGGCCUCUCUAGUCUCUGGUGGGCUGGGUAGACCACAGGACGAGGUUGAAUCAUGCUUGGCAGAAGAGAAGGAAUUUCAGAAAUCCCCACUCGCCGAAAUGAUGGUUGGGGCUUGUAGGUUUUUAGUACCUGGUUUACAAAGGGCAGCUGAGGACCUGUGUAUCGGUCUUCUCUAUUCUGUCCUAAAAAUCCUGACCAAACGUUGCUGUUCAAAUGGUAACACUACAACGACCAGCAGAAUGGAUGUGGGUUCGGUCUGCAAGGGUCCUGAAGGAUCACCACAGCUGACUAAAACCGAAGUGUCAAAGUGUCACUCUAAACCCUCUCAGAGUUCCAAACAGGUUCCUUCAUCAUCAUCAUCGUCAUCUUCAUCAUCAAAUUCUUCAUCCAGUGACACUAAGGGAGCUUGGCUGAGGUCUCUCUUGCCACAAGUGUACUGGUUCUCACAGCGCUACUCUUACCUGCGACUGGGCCAGGUCUGUUUAUCCUUACUGCUGCAACCUCAGGGGGUCCAUCCUGCACCCCUUCACCCCUCUCUGUCUGCUGAUUGCUUCCUGCGCUUGGCGCGAGAGGCGGACUGCGCCAAAGGGCUGAGGCAUGACAUCUUAAACCUUGUCAAAACAGCCCUCAGGUAGAGGGCAAACAGUAGUGAAUAGUGAAAUGAAUGUAAUGAAUUGUUGGUGUAAACUAAUUUAGUAGCUGCUUAAAUGCACACAGUAUACAGAAAGGGAUUGGCAAUUACUGGAUUUUGGGGGCAUUUGGGAUAUAAUAUAAUGAGAAAUAGCUAAAAUCUUUCUUGUUAAAUUUUAGUUAGCAAGUAGUUAUCAAAAUAUUCAGAACAUUCGAAAUUCAUGCUCAUGUUUUUUUCCAAGACAUGUUUGUAUAUGGAGUAGAAUGACCAAACUGUAAGUAUUAUUAUUUUUUUUUAUUAUUUAGAAGUUGUUUUUUGUUUUUGUAUUUUGUUCAUCUUUCUUUUAUUCAUCUUAUUUUGCCAAAAAAAGGGUUUAUUGCUGAUGCUACUUUCAUCAGUGCAUCCAGAUAUUAGUAUGUGAACUUGUACAGUAUGUUAUGUGAAUAAGAUAAUGUCAUAGAGAAAGAGCCGUUUAUGUUUGAUAUAUUUUUCUUUUUGUAUAUGGCACUGUAUAAUUCAUUUAUAGAAAUCUGGAUUAUAUAUGACGUUUGUUGGAGUGCUAUCUUUUUUUUUCUGUAAAUAUGAGAAAUUGAAUCAUGGAAAUGGCCAAAUGUUGGUGGAAGGCAGACGAUGGUUCUCAAUAAAUGAGCUCUGCAUUAA